AUGGAGACCUUCUUUUCUGCUGUUCUUGGUGAUCUUCUUAGCAGGUCUAUAUCCUUCGUCAUUGACAGAUACCAACGGCAGCAGCAGGAUGUGGAGGAGAACCUACAGCGGUUGCAUCGUGUGCUGCUGCGGAUCCAGGCCAUCGUCGAGGAGGCGGACGAGAGGCGCAUCACAAACCAAGCGAUGCUGCUGCAGCUCAGGGUGGUGAGAGCCACGAUGUACAGAGGUUACUACUUCCUUGAUAGUUUCAGGCACCGAGUCAUUCAGGCGCAUGCUCAAGACGAGGUGCGUGAUCACUCUCUCGACCUGUCGUCCCCUUUCAAUCCAUCGAAACGGUUUUGCUCCUCCAGUGCAACAAGGAAAACUGUAUGUGAAGUCUCGGAGAAAAAAGAGCUCCAGAAGAUGCUUGGUGACCUGGAAAGAGCUGUUUCAGACAUGCAGGAGUUUGUUGUGUUUGUGAGCAGCUAUCCUCGUGUGAUCCGUCAACCUUACUGCAGCUACUUGCUGCUGCAGAACUGCAUGUUUGGCCGCCAGGCAGAACAGGAGAGGGUCAUCAACUUCUUGCUGCAACCACAACAUCCUUGUGCAAGAGGCAUUGAUGUACUUCCGAUCAUUGGACCUGGCCGGGUUGGGAAGAGAACUCUUGUGGAGCAUGUCUGCCAUGAUGAAAGGGUGCGUAAAUACUUUACGAUUGUUUUCUAUGGUCCAGAUAGUAUUGGGGGUGGAGACAUGGAGCUUCUUGCCGACAAUGGUGUAAUCAAACAUCGAAACCCUGCAUCAACCGAACAAUUAUUGGUUAUCAUUGAACUUGUCAAUGAUAUGGAUGACAAAACAUGGAGAAGAAUAUUGCACAGCUUAAGAGGAAACCAUGUGAGUAAGAUCAUAUUAACGAGUCGAUCAAACAAGAUAGCGACUCUUGGGACAACAGAAGCACUUCAUUUGGAUUUUCUUCCAAGAGAAGCUUUUUGGUAUUUCUUCAAGACAAUUGCAUUUGGGAGCACAAAUCCUGAAGAUGAGCCAAUGCUAGCAUCCAUAUGUAUGGAGAUCGUGACCGUGCUGAAGGGAUCAUUCAUGGCACUGCACAUCCUUGGUGGUAUACUCAGGUCUAAUCCUAGUGCUCAAUUCUGGUAUAGGUUUCUCAAAUGCCUUAAAUAUUAUACAGACAAGCAUAUAUAUGUGCUAGGUGAACACCCAAGUUACGCUUACCGAAAAAGAAAUGGACUUACUUUCAUUUGGACGUCUCAAAAUCAGCGUGUCAUCGCAGUAAGAUACAGUAUCUAUCAGUCAAGUUCUGCUCGGCCGGCUGAUCUACGCAUGUUUACAUCAAGUGAUAUUCUUACUAGAAAUGUUGAGCUUCCUGAGAAAUUUGAUGUCCUGGACUGGCAAUCUAGCAUACCUCCUUACUACUGCUACAUGACGCAUUACGAGAAGCUUGCAAGGCAGCCGCAUAUGCUGCCUAAAAGGAAGCGAUCCCGGCUCUUGUCAGAAGGGUUGGUUUGAUAUGGAAUUUGUGUUGGUAUUGUCAAACUCUAAGUGUAUAUGGCACAUCAAACACAAACAAUAUAGAUUUUUGGCAAUGUCAACAGACAGAGUCUAGCCAUUUUGUUGGUUCACUUCUUAGCAAGUUGUUUAAGCAAUUAAUUUGGAGGUUGUCGGUGUAUUUUUCC